AUGGAGAUCGCGACACUGACACGAGUGUCUUUUUGGAGGGUUGCGGCGAAUUGUAAGAUUUCAACGGCCAGUCGGUCCUUUGCAAGUGAGGAGCAAUCAGAAAUGACGCGGGAAGACAUUUUAGCUUUCGGUCCGGUUUGCGUAAGUCAUGUCAACCGAAUCUCAGCCCUGCAGCUGAGGAUUGAAUGCCACCAGCCUAUCGCCAUUUUUCCUUCCCGAGCCAAGUCCACCGAACACAUUAACGGUGAGAAUAAAUACGCGCGAUGGCUUGCUGGUGUGAAUCACGAAGACCAUUCGCGGCUUGCAAGCUUUGACAAUACUCGACCACUAAACAUGGUAUCGGGGUCUGGACAACCGAGUGGCUUUAUAUUCUUGGGAUCGUGUCUCGCCUGGCCGCUCCUUCAUGAGCUGCCGUUUGCUUUAUCGAAGGAUUCUUUGAGUGUAGAUCAACAUCGUCUGAAUAAAAGCGUCUCAAAUCUGCAAGAGAGCGGCCUUGGCACUUCCUCAAACUCAAAAGGCUCAAAUAAGGUUGAGGGCCAAAUAACUGUUGGUUGGGCUCUCAGUGACAACAGAUGGGAUGCUGGGUGCGACGAGACAGAUGGGACGGGACGGUUGGACCCUUGUUGGGCGCGCAGACAUCCCAAUGAUCUCCAUUCAUCAACAUCAAAUCUUCCACAGGUGUUGCUUUCUUCAGUAGUGUCUCAAGAGACACUCUCUAGUUGUUGCGUAGGCCGUCCUCCUUUUUCCACCUCCGCUUCUUUGCCGCCCCUGAAUAUCCUCGGUGGGGCUGACCUAAAUGAGAAUCGAAUUGGCAAGACACUUCUCAGGCCCCAAGUAGGGACGCGAGAGCAAUUUUGGGCAACCCUAGGGGCAUGCAUUCAUCGUAUCUUCGCUCGCAGUCUCUCAACAUUUUUUCUUUUCUUUGUUGUCAUAUAUUUGGCAAUUAUUCCUGCUCAAUUUGGCAUCUUUUUUUCAAGAUCCCCGAAACCUCUUUACCUAAGCAGUUUCACUCUAAUCCAUCAUGAUACUGACGAUGAUUUGGGGGUUUGCAAAACACCUACCUAUAGCUCUCGCGACCCCUUCAAAUCAACCUUAGGUCAUAUUUUAUUCCUAAUAGCGAAACCCCGAACUUGA